UGGAAAUUGCUUUUCCCUGCUGUCCAGAUUACAUACUGUGGGUUGUUUUUUUUUUUUUCCUCAUGAGUAAACAUCCUUUUAGUAAUGAACAGACUGAUAAUGUCUUGAGAGAAAAAGACAGCCUUUUCCUUUUUGAUGUUUCUUGAGAGCACUGUUUGCAUGUGGAAACCCAUGCGGACUGUCCAGAAUAUGAAAGCUGGAGUGUUCCUUUUGUGGUGGGGAUGGGUCUUGGCCACUGGAAGCAGAGCGCACUGGCGAGGAAGAGAAAUCCACGAGAUGCCUAAGAAAGGCGGCCCGAUUCUGAAACGAAGCCCUGACAUCACCAAAUCGCCACUGACAAAGUCAGAGCAGCUUCUGCGGAUAGAUGACCAUGAUUUCAGCAUGAGACCUGGCUUUGGAGGCCCAGCCAUUCCUGUUGGCGUGGAUGUGCAGGUGGAGAGCUUGGACAGCAUCUCAGAGGUUGAUAUGGACUUCACCAUGACCCUCUACUUGAGGCACUAUUGGAAGGAUGAAAGACUGUCCUUCCCGAGCACCAACAACCUCAGCAUGACGUUCGACGGUCGGCUGGUGAAGAAGAUCUGGGUCCCCGACAUGUUUUUUGUGCAUUCCAAGCGCUCCUUCAUCCAUGACACCACCACGGACAAUGUCAUGCUGCGGGUCCAGCCUGAUGGGAAAGUGCUCUACAGUCUCAGGGUUACAGUGACUGCAAUGUGCAAUAUGGAUUUUAGCCGAUUUCCCCUGGACACACAAACGUGCUCACUGGAAAUUGAAAGCUAUGCCUAUACAGAAGAUGACCUGAUGCUGUACUGGAAAAAAGGCAAUGACUCCUUAAAGACAGAUGAGCGGAUCUCACUCUCCCAGUUCCUUAUUCAGGAAUUCCACACCACCACUAAACUGGCCUUCUACAGCAGCACAGGCUGGUACAACCGUCUGUACAUUAACUUCACGUUGCGUCGCCACAUCUUCUUCUUCUUGCUCCAAACUUAUUUCCCCGCCACCCUGAUGGUCAUGCUGUCCUGGGUGUCCUUCUGGAUUGACCGCAGAGCUGUGCCUGCCCGAGUCCCCUUAGGUAUCACCACGGUGCUGACCAUGUCCACCAUCAUCACGGGCGUGAACGCCUCCAUGCCCCGCGUCUCCUACAUCAAGGCCGUGGACAUCUACCUCUGGGUCAGCUUUGUGUUCGUGUUCCUCUCGGUGCUGGAGUACGCAGCUGUAAACUACCUGACCACGGUGCAGGAGUGGAAGGAACGGAAGCUGCGGGAGAAGUUUCCCUGCACCUGUGGACUGCCCCAGCCGCGCACCGUCAUGCUGGAAGGCAGCUACGGCGACGUAGAAGUGAAUGACCUGGGCAAUGGCGAGAAGACAGACAGGAUGAUGGUGCAGCUCACGCUGGGCUCUGAGAGGAGCUCCCCGCAGGGGAAGGGUCGGAGGGGCAGCUACGUGAGCCUGAGGAUCGACACCCAUGCCAUUGAUAAGUACUCCAGGAUCAUUUUUCCAGCGGCGUACAUUUUAUUCAAUUUAAUAUACUGGUCAAUCUUCUCAUAGAUGCCUGUAAGUCUGUAUACUUCACAUUCUUGUGUGUGCACUACAGAAAUAUCUGUGUGACAAAAAGUAAGGUUAUGAAAAAAAAUUCUCAGCAUCCGCCCUGGUCCAGCUUUCCAAAACUAUCUUGACAAGACACUUCCUGGUUUAAUCGCACUUACUAACAUCUAUAGUGCACACAGCAUGACACUGGGUGCUGCAGGAAUACAAUACCCAUAGCAACUGAUGGUAGUUGUUCCUGAAUCUCCCGCAAAAUACACCAGUGUUGUGGGCACACUGUAGUUCAACCUCUUUUAGGCCCUAGAUGAUUAUUCACAUGAAUAAUUUCUUUUAUGUGAGCAUUACAUUCUUUGCACUAGGUGGAAUUGGGAUACACCUUAGUUUAUUUGUCUGAAACAUAUGGGCACCUAAAAAUCCCCACUUUUACCAAAAUUCAUGCUUCAGUUUAUAGCCUAUUACCUAUUUUGAUGUAUUGACUUUUUAUUUUAAUACAAAGCAAUAAUAAUAUUCCUAUUUAUAUUUAUAUUUGAGGUCAUGAGGUUUCACCACUUCACAAGAAAAGCUCUUUAGAUGGGUGCAAUUGCUUCUGAUUUUGGUAGGAAUUUCCCUGGCAAGGAUAGUUUGAAGAAAAGGACAUAUGUAUGCAUUCUGUCAGUUUUGUCAUAGAGAGAACUAGCCUAGAAAACUUGUGUUUAAGUGUUCCCUGUUUUAUAAUUACUGCCUCAUGUAUCUCUGCCUUGGAGCGAGUCUUAGUUCAAAGUGAAGUUCUUCCUCAGUAAUGAGAUAUCUUUACUGAGGAACCUGGGAACAGAUUGUUCUUUUUUCUGCAUAAAUAUUUCAAGAAAAUGCAUAAUUUGGGACUACCUGUUAACUUAUUAAGACGAGAAAUACUCACAUGGUUUCUGAAGAGAAAAAGAAAAACAAAAAGCAAAAGAAAUGAGAGGACAUCACUGGACAUCUGCAUUUAUACUCAGCAAAUGCCAGCAUUUUCUAUGAACCAGAAAACAAUGGCCACUGAUGUCAGGGCAUGGGAGAGAGGGCAUGGGGUGCUGUAUCAUUUUAAACAAAUAGUUACUUAUACUACACACCUAAAGGAUCAACCUUCACUAAACUUAUA